GUUCUCGUACGUAGAUGCAGACUUCUGUAGCGCAACAAGCAACCUUCAGUUACCCCAACGUGUCAGUAAGCUAACCACUGCAGUAGUCAGAAAACAAACUAAAUUCUGACAUACCAGUAGAAUCAUCGCUGUGAACAAAAAAUCCACCACCCAUAAUCCAAGUAUAAUAAAUCCAAUUAGAAUGAAAAGAAACUCUUAAAAAAUCACUAAACUCCAACCGAAGCAUAAACUCAUACGCCGCCUCUUCUUACUCCAUACCGGAAUUUUAUCGAACUACAAGACGUCCGGUCGGUAUGAUCUUCUUCGGAAGUGUUCAGAUGCAAUCGGAGUCUGUACCAGUAGUGCCAUGCGAGGUUCCAAGAAAGGAUUUGGUUUUGACAUGGAAAAAUAUUUCAUAUACGAUCAAGAAGAAAGUGAGUGAUAAUUUUUUGAGGGGAUUUUUUGGAAAGCAACGGAUAGAGCACGUGGAGCUACUUAAUGGAGUGAAUGGCGUAGCGAAGUCAGGGACCUUAAUGGCGAUAAUGGGACCUAGUGGCGCUGGAAAAACGACCCUUCUCGCUACUAUAAGUCGGCGUAUAAAAGGUGAUACCGUUGGUGAUAUAUUUCUCAAUGGUCAGCCUGUAGACCAGGAACAAAUGGCCAGGAUGUCAGGAUUUGUGCCACAGGAGGAUUUAGCUGUGGAAUCUUUGACCGUAGAAGAACAUAUGGAAUUUAUGGCCCGAAUGAAAAUGGACAGGCGCUUCCGCGCGGCUCCGAGAAAGGAAAGAAUUGCUAACAUACUGACGGAAUUGGGGCUGUUUAAAUGCAGAAAUUCCAAGCUGUCGGCAUUAUCGGGUGGCGAACGAAAACGAGUAGCUCUGGCAGUGCAGUUACUUACGGAACCCAGUCUGCUAUUUUGCGACGAACCUACAACUGGUUUGGACAGUUAUGCAGCAAUGGCGGUAACAAGAACUUUGAGGGAAGUCGCGACACGUGGUAGAAUAGUUAUUUGUUCCCUUCAUCAACCAGCUUCUGGUCUGCUCGAUCUCUUUCACGAGGUCGUACUUCUGACAGCUGGACGCGUGGCUUUUCAAGGAACUACAAAGGAGGCGACACAGUUUUUCAAUGGUCUGGGUUUACACUGUCCAACCACAUUCAACAGCGCCGAAUACUACGUUUCUCAGCUGUCGGUAAUUCGCGGCAAGGAAAUAGAGAGUUACAGAAAGGCACGUUGGAUAUGCGAUGAAUUUAACAAGUCAAGAUUUGGUCAAUCCGUCGCAACUGCUAUUGAGGAUUCGUGUAAAAAGUCCAAUAUCGAUGAAACUUUACAUCCCGUUUUUAUCGAGCGGCCUGUACCUACUGGGGAUUUUAAAAAAGUUCGUGCGAUAACUCAAUUCGAAUGGUUAACAUGGCGGGCGUACGUGGAUUACAAGAGAAACUUUACUCACCUAUUUUUAAGGUUCAUUUUAUAUAUGAACAUUGCCGUAUUUGUUUCCACCCCUUAUGCGUCAGUCAUGGUGAACAUCGAUCAACGUGGUAUACAGAACGUGCAAGGUCUUAUAUACCUGGUGGUCGCAGAAACAGCAUUCACUUUCAAUUAUGGAGUCUUUUAUACCUUUCCGCGUGAAUUGCCGUUUCUUUUGCGCGAUAUAGCUAGUGAUCUGUAUCAUCCAGCACCAUAUUAUAUAAGUAAAAUUGCCAUUUUGAUGCCAGGUGCCAUUUUUCAACCCUUAUUGUAUUCCAUAUUGGUCUUCAAUAUUGUUGGCCUCAAAGGUGGAUUUUUAGGAUUCAUAUUAUUCGUUAUACCUCUUGUGUUAUCCGCUGCGUCUGCUUCGGCUCUAGGUUGCUUAAUGUCAGCUGCUUUUCAAUCCGUUGCUACAGCAUCUUUAUUUUCGGUGCCCCUUGACUUCAUAACGCUAAUGUUCAGCGGACUUUUUCUUCAUCUCGGGAACCUGCCAGCACACAUAGCCUGGCUGAAGUAUCUCUCUCAAUUUUAUUACGGAACAGAAGCCGUGUCUUUGUUACAGUGGCGUCAGAUCGAUCACAUAGAUUGUCCACCGGAUCUGGAGGAACCUUGCGUGUCGACAGGUUUGGGAGUUUUGGAAAAAUACGGAUACGAGCCAGACAAUUACGAAGUGGAUAUCCUAGGACUUUUAGCAAUUUUUGCACUCGGCCAUUUUGCAGGAUUUCUCGCAAUUCGUUCUAGAAGUCGUAAGGAGCCAGUAUAUUAGCCUCAAUCGAAAGUGUUCACCGUACGUUAUAUCCAUAACACGGGGUAUAGUUUCCCUGACCAAUUUCAUAGUCAAUCGAUUAAUCAAAAAAAGAACGUAAAAACUUCUAUUAAAAAAUUCACGAGAAUAUGACAUUGCACUUACGUUUAAACGUAGCACGUACAGGAAAGAGGAAAAGGCUUAUUGAAAAGAUUUUUGAUAAAUUAUCAGUGAUUCUAUACUUCCUAUAUAAGAGAAGGAACAUACAUACAUAUUCCUAUAUACUACACAUAUUUUUCAAAGCAUAUAUCCUGCUUUGAAUGUGUAUAGGAUCAGUGGAAAAUUCUAUAAGUCCAUUCGAAUCCCCAACAGGACGGAACAUCCUUCAAACGUCCCUUGAAUGUCCAGCGAGCAUUGUACAUGGCCGUCCCACGAGCAUUGCGCCCUGAACGGCAUAAAGUUGUACUAAAAAUACUAACUAAACCUCCACUUAGCUAUUUGGAUUACAUAAUCUAAUAUGCUUCUACAAGUCUUACAAUUUUGUACAACGUUUCGUUAAGUCCCACUUAUUCUUUUUUACUUUAUGACUAAAGUUUUAACUUCGAUAAAAAUCUUCCUAAUAGA